AUGGAAUACCUGUCUCGACUGCUUCAAUUUGGAGCUAUGCAACCUACUUUUCGGUUCCACCCAAUGUGUAAAAGUCUCAAAAUCAUCAACUUAUGUUUUGCUGAUGAUUUAGUGAUUUUUUGCAAAGCCAACUAUGGCUCUGUUCAGAUUAUAAAACAGAUGUUUGAUGAUUUCUGCAAUAGUUCGGGUAUGAAGGCUAAUCUCAGCAAGUCUCAAGUGUUUUUUGGUGGCAUAUCUGCUCAAGAUAAGACUCAGUUACAGGAAGUUCUUCAUCUUGAGGAAGGCUCUUUCCCUCUCAAAUAUCUGGGGAUUCCUAUGCGUCCUACUAAAUGGAAAGAGGCUGACUGUGGUGAAAUUUUGAAAAAAAUUAAGCUCCAUCUUCACACUUGGUCUAGUAGGCAUUUAUCUUAUGCAGGAAAGGUUCAGCUUAUUACCUCUGUUCUUCUUGGGCUGCGUAACUAUUGGAUGAAUAUUUUCUUAUUGCCUCAAAGUGUUAUAAAAGAAGUUGAAAAGUUAUGUAUGUGGUUUCUUUGGGGCCACAAUGGGUCUAAGAGUAACUUUCAUCUCACUGCAUGGUCUAAAGUUUGUUUGCCGAAAACUCUUGGAGGUUUGGGCUUUGGUGAAGGAUCUAUAUGGAACAAGGCCAUGCUUGGGAAGUAUAUUUGGGCAAUAAACCAUCAACAGGAGACUUUAUGGGUUAACUGGAUUCAUGCGGUGUACUUAAAAGGUAAUAAUUUCUGGCACUACAAGCUCAAGACAGACACAAGUUUGUAUUGGAAAAAACUCUGCCAAUUACGAAACUUGUUUGCUCAAGAGGACAUUGAUAAUGCGAGUAGUCAUGGGAAGUUUAAAAUAGGGCUGUUGUAUGCUAGGCUUAUUCACCAAGUUCCUGCCAAAUAUCAUCAAUUUGUUUGGAGCCGAAUGAGUAUUCCCAAGCAUAAAUUCAUCACAUGGCAAGCUGUUAACUCUAAGCUCUUAACAAGAGAUCAUCUUCUUAGAGUUUUUAUGGUUCUUGACUCUGUUUUAUGCCCUGUUUGUGAGCUGGUUGAUGAAAGUUACAACCACUUGUUUUUUAAUGCCUUUUUUCUCAGCAGGUGGUUCGGCUGA